CCGGACGACAGACUUUGGGCAUACUGACGUCACUGAUAGGCCGCCAAGAUGGCUUUCAAUGUUGAUAAGUGGUUUGGUUACUUACAAGAGCUGUGAUAUCGGAUUGUGUCACGGUAUCCCAUCAAAGCAUGUGACGAUGUCAGCGGUGUAGUUUUCACGGUUUUUCUUUCUAACCGAGGCGUAAAAGCUGUCUUAAUUCGAGCUAUGGGGGACAGCGAAGAAGCCGAACAGGAUAUUCGGCGAGCCCUAGAUGUCGAUCAAUCCAUGAUUGACAUCUGGGCCGAUCGGCUCGAAGGCCUCAGAACGCAGUGUUCUACAAGCGCUGAAUUAACCCAACAAGAAAUACGAACACUUGAGGGUAAAUUAAUUAAAUUAUAUUCCAAACAACUUGUGAGGAAAGCCAAGCUUGCGGUAGAGUCAUUGCCUGUUGAAAUGCGCCAAUAUCCAUCCCUCCAACAAUGGCUACGUGUAGUCGGACUGACGGAAGCAUCAAUUCAGAUGGUUUGUUCAAAAGCAAGUUCUUUAGAAGCGUUGAAAGAAAAAUCUGAACAUGAAUUGGGUAGUAUGCUUGGAGAAAACAAUGUACGACAUGAAGAAGAACUUCGCAGGCUUUGCAGGGCAUUACAUAAUCUUCAUCGUUACAUGGAUGUUCUUUUACGAGGAGAUAUGGAGAGUAGUGAGAUGGCCCUGUACUGGGAUUCUUGGGACAGACAUCACCUAAGAAGUGGACCUUCUCCUCGGCCUGCUCGCUCUCGUAUUACUCGUUCGUCCGUACCUUCAGAAGACAGCAUUCCUUAUCAUAAUAACAAUAAUAAUUUGAACAGCGAUACAUUGGGUCAAGCUUCAUCUAUUAGUUCUCUAUCAACAACGACACCUCCGUCUACACCUCUUCUAAACAGACAAGGCCGAAAUGUAAGGCUCCCAACUACGCCUCCGCCGUGCAAGAGACAUCAAACUGGCCUACAGAGUACCGUGAUCCAACCUGAAGUUUUUCCGUUAACUAAAUCUAAAUCUCAUGAGUCGCAGCUGGCUAAUAGACUUGAAAAUGGGGAAACUGCGUCGAGUGGUACAGAUCCACCGGUCGGUAGCAGUACUACUAGAGGAAGGUUAUCUACGGAGCCAGGCCCUUGUAGCAGCAGCGCGGAUAUAACUGGGGACAUUUUUUUGGGAAAUAGUAACACGGAGAGCCCUAUAAAUUCUCCACCUUAUUCCGGCGCUAACAGUGAUGAUAACAGCUCCAAGGCCACAGUUACGAGUCUUCAGGUGCCAAAGUCUCCCCGAACUCUACCAGUGACACGUGGCAUGGGGCACGUUAUUGCUCACCGUUUUACAAAAACCUUUAAAAUGAUGACAACUUGUGAUUAUUGUGAUAAACAAAUGUUCAUUGGCACGGGUCUUAAGUGCAAAGAAUGCAAGUACAAGUGCCACAGAGAUUGUGAGUCUAAAGUUCCGCCGUCUUGCGGUCUUCCUCAAAAACUUUUUGAUGAAUUCAAGAGAACAUUACAGGCUGAUGCUAUGACGAAUGUUUCUCCAAUACUAACCAGGCCUGGGAUAACAUCUUCAAAUCAUCAUAAUGCAAUUAUAUCCAGUUCUUUAAAUCGGAAACGUACGCAUCCUCAUUCCUCAAUGAAUAUACCCUUUCAGGGCGCUGAUUCUAGUUCAAAUACUUCGAGUUGUAAUAGCUCGACACCAUCUAGUCCGGCAUUACACCCCGUUAAUGCUAGUCAAACUUCCCAAGCACCUGCUAAACAGCAGUUCAAUUUUCCAGAUGUGAUCCUUCCUGAAAAAGGCGUAACGCUGGAAACGCACAGGUUGGAAGGUACUAAUGUUUCAAGUGACAGUGAGAGAACAGUUAGUGUUUCUGGAUCAGGAAGCGUGAGCACUGACUCAGAGAGAACUCCGGUACGCGUUGAUUCUCAAGAUUCUCAAGUGUCUGACGGUGAGCCUGGUGAUAGUCGUUGGCCGCGACAAAAUAGCCUCUCGAUGAGAGAAUGGGACAUUCCAUACGAUGAACUCAAAAUUGGAGAGCCUAUCGGGACCGGGAGGUUUGGUACAGUUUAUCGAGGAAACUGGCACGGAGACGUAGCAAUUAAAGUUUUAAACAUGGACUACUACCUGGACGAUGACAAAACGCUGGAAGCGUUUAAACUAGAGGUAGCAACAUUCCGAAAAACAAGACAUGAAAAUCUAGUUCUAUUUAUGGGUGCUUGUAUGAAGCCUCCUCGUUUGGCAAUAGUCACUAGUAUGAGCAAAGGCAUGACUCUUUACACUCACAUCCAUCUCCGUAAAGAUAAAUUUAACAUGAAUAAAACAACUAUCAUUGCCCAACAAAUAUCUCAGGGAAUGGGGUAUCUUCAUGCCCGUGGUAUAGUGCACAAGGAUCUGAAGAGCAAAAAUAUAUUCCUAGAAAAUGGAAAAGUCGUUAUUACGGACUUUGGAUUGUUUAGUGUAACAAAGUUGUGUUACGGCAAUAGAAAAGGAAACGGUUUGAGCAUACCACCAGGUUGGUUAUGUUAUUUGGCUCCUGAAGUUGUUCGACGACUCAGGCCUCAGCAAAACAGGGACCAAGAAGAGUUACCAUUUUCAUGCGCCUCUGACGUUUACGCAUUUGGGACUGUCUGGUACGAGCUUCUCUGCGGAGAGUGGCCGUUCAAAGGACAACCUCCGGAGGCUAUAAUUUGGCAAGUCGGUAAAGGAAUGAAACAAGCCUUAGCCAAUCUUCAAGCAUCCCGCGACGUCAAGGACAUUCUGAUACUUUGUUGGUCAUAUAAUUCAGAGAAACGACCAGAGUUUGCUAAAUUAUUAACUACGCUUGAAAAACUACCGCGUAAAAGAUUGGCUCGAAGUCCUUCGCAUCCAAUUCACUUAUCUCGAUCAGCAGAAUCUGUAUUUUAAAGAAAAAAACAAAACAGACAAUUUAAGAUUUAAUUAUUAUUUGCACGAAACUACGUUCACCGUGUAUAUAAAUCUCUUCACAAUCUAAUUGCUCGAAUAAUCAUACUUUAUUUUUUUUCUGUUUCAUUUGUCUAUUUUUUUUUUAUUUUUCAUUUACAUUCAUUGUAAAAUAAGUGAUGAUAACUCGAUGGAUUACUCAUUCCAUAUUUUUAAUAUCCCGUAAUAACCCCGUUAUUGGUGUGAAACAGAAAAAAAAAUCAUUCAUUAAUUAUGCAAAUGGCGUAAUUUGUUGAUCUUGAAAUCAGGCUCUUUGCACACCUCGUUGGAUAAUUGUAAAAAGUACGUAAACUGGCUGAGAUCUUCAUUAUUUAAUAUGCAAUAAAAAAAAUUAAAUCCACGUGGAAAACAGAAACGCAAUAUUUAAAUGGUGCAUUAACCAGAGUAUAAAUAAAAUCAUUAACCCAACCAAAAUCAGGAUAUAAAUGAAUAUUCAUUGCUACUGUCAAAAAUUGUUAAAUUAUACAAAUAUGAAUGUCGCGUAAAUAAUUAUCAAGUAUGGCUUGUAGUCCGAAGACAAAAAAAUUGAUUCGACGAAUGGGACUAUAGAGUGAUAGAGUGAAUAAAUUCAAAAUGAAAAAAAAAGAAAAUGAAAACGAAAAAAAUCAGUAAUAUUAAUAAUAAUAUACAUAUGUGUAACUUCAUUGCACAGGCUGUAAGUCACUUUGUAAAAGUAAGUCGAUUCUGUGGAUAUUGAAGUGUGUGAUGUGUAUGUAACAGUACAUAGGUAUUUAUUUUUUUAAGCGUGAACGAUUAUCGAUUAUUAUCGUUUGAAUGAUGAUUGAUGGAUCUUUGUGAAAAAAAAACCAUUGAAAAAGAAUAAUUUUUCAUACCCAAAAUACAACGGUCAUUCGUCAUAUUAUCUUCUGAAAAUGUUCUAUGGCCUGACACUCUAAUUAUCGUUAAUGAUUUUUAUCUAUUGUUUAUCAUCACUCGAACUUGUUCAUUAUUGUUUCUCUUUGAUUGCCUCUUUUUCCAUUCUUAUUUAUUUAGUACUUGAUUAUUUAUUUUUAUAUUCUAUAUGCACAGGGCAUAGUAUGUUUUUAGCACAGUAAGAAUCUGGAGCCUUUUGUUUUAAAAUAACUUAAUGAUCAACAGUGCGCUAAACUCAAGAGUCACCUUCCGAUGUAUGUCGCUCUUCAAUUCGGUAAUUCAGUAUUUAAAAUUUAUCCAAAAAAGAAAGAGGAAAAAAAUGCCAAUCGAUAAAAAUAUAUAGAACUUACAUCUGAAAAGCCAAACUCUGUAAAAUAAUAAUUAAGAGACAUAAAAUAAAAUGAAAUGAUAAACAUACCAAAAA